ACACCGCGGUAAAAUCAACUUAAAAAGCAAGCUUCAUGAUAUCAUCAAACAGGCACGCCUCUUUGAAUCACGGACACAAGCUGGUACGUUGCAGGUGAAUUUCGGCUGACGGUGGACAGGAUAAUGAUGCCGUCGAACAUGUGAAAAGAUAAUUCGCUCUCCUGGCAUUUACACAGCUGCGAUCUAGGAGGAAGAGGAGGGGGGCAUCCGCGAGAACCUCCGAUCUGCACUCGCUGCAACGGAUUUAAUCCGAGCGACGAUACUUGAGACGCACACAGGUGCCAAUUUCUUUCAAGUGGAGGUAAUGAAGGUAUGUGCGUGCGUAUGCGUGCAUUCACAGAGGUAUAAAUACCAACCUAAUGCGUGAGAUUAAAGAUUUCCGUGAUGCUCGUGAGGAAACGGCACUGCCUGCAUCGUAGAUUUAUUGGAUGAGAAAGGAGAAACAAGAGCAACACGCAAACCGGGAGAGAAACUGGCAAAUGUUCAGAUUCAGAGAGGGUGAUAGAUAGAUACUCAUCAGGCGAAGCGCUGCUUUUCCGCUCAGAGAAGAGAGAGGGAGAGCGAGAGAGAGAGAGAGAGAGAAAGAGAGAGAAAAACAUUUGUGUGACGUGAGUGUGUGUAUGUGACAGCGUUCUCUCACCGCGCGCUGACACUCACUUCAACAGACUCAUGCGCCCUGGAGGCACAAGCAGGACCCUUUGGGAGACGCACACGGCACAUCCUGCGAGAGAUGCUCUGAAGACCCGGAGCUUGCAUGUUUUGAACUGCGUACCUGCAUAUUCUUCUGCAUCUUAGUAACAUCCACAAACACGAGCGUACAUGCAAACCAUGGAUUCUCUUGCCAACGACACGGACGGAUUGGAGAACUCCUUGAAGUACUCCAAGUGCGAUCAGACGGGGAAGAUGUGGAUGAGGCUUAAAGGAAUGCAGAAGUACAAAAGCACGUCUCAGAGAUUGAGAUGUCUGGUGAAACAACUGGAUAAGGGUGAAGUGAAUAUUGUAGAUCUGAGGAAGAACAUUGAAUAUGCAGCUUCAGUACUUGAGGCCGUGUACAUCGACGAAACCCGACGGCUGCUGGACACUGAAGAUGAGCUCAGCGAUAUCCAGGCAGACUCUGUGCCCAUGGAGGUGCGUGAUUGGCUGGCCUCCACCUUCACCAGGAAGAUGGGCGUGGUGCGCAGGCGACCCGAAGAGAAGCCCCGGUUUCGCAGUAUCGUUCACGCCGUCCAAGCUGGGAUCUUCGUUGAACGAAUGUACAGAAGAACGUCCAACAUGGCGGGACUGACAUACCCACCAUCUGUAAUUGCUGCUCUAAAGGAUGUCGAUAAAUGGUCGUUUGACGUCUUCAGGCUCCAGGAGGCAAGCAGCGAACACUCUCUAAAGUUCCUGGUGUACGAGCUGCUCACAAGAUACGACCUGAUCAGUCGCUUCAGGAUACCAGUUUCCUCCUUAGUGUCCUUUGUGGAAGCUCUUGAGGUGGGCUACAGCAAGCACAGAAACCCUUACCAUAAUCUGAUUCACGCUGCUGACGUCACACAGACAGCUCACUAUCUGAUGCUACAUACCGGGAUUAUGCACUGGCUUACUGAACUGGAAAUAUUGGCCAUGGUGUUUGCGGCUGCUAUUCAUGAUUUCGAACACACCGGUACGACCAAUAACUUUCACAUCCAGACCAGAUCAGAAGUGGCCAUCCUCUACAAUGAUCGCUCUGUCCUGGAAAACCACCACGUGAGUGCAGCCUACAGACUGAUGCAGGAAGAUGAGAUGAACAUCCUGGUCAAUCUCACGAAAGAUGACUGGAGAGAGCUGCGUACGCUGGUGAUCGAGAUGGUCAUGAGCACAGAUAUGUCCUGCCAUUUUCAGCAGAUCAAGACUAUGAGAAACUCACUGCAGCAGCCUGAAGGCAUAGACAAGGCUAAAGCCCUGUCUCUGAUGCUCCAUGCGGCAGAUAUAAGCCACCCUGCUAAGGGCUGGAAAAUGCACUACAGAUGGACGCAGGCCCUGAUGGAGGAGUUCUUCAGACAGGGUGACAAGGAGGCCGAAUUAGGACUGCCGUUUUCUCCACUGUGUGAUCGGAAAGCCACUAUGAUUGCUCAGUCUCAGAUAGGGUUCAUCGAUUUUAUCGUGGAGCCCACGUUCUCUGUUCUGAUCGACACCACAGAGAAAAUAAUUAAUCCUCUCAUAGAGGAAGCUAUUAAAUCUGGUGGUGUCCAUAGAUUGAGCUCGGCUGGUCAGGGUUCGGCAGCGGUGGUGGAGUCGGUACAGAGACACAGCGGUCGGGGUUUGAAUGACGAACAGGGCGGCACUACAGACUACUCACUGGGCAGCAUCAAUUUGAAACGGGUCAAACACCUGUUGUCUGAGAUCAUUCAGAAUAACAAGGAGCGUUGGAAGGAGCUGUCUGUUCAAGAGUUGGCCAAUAAGGAACACGAGAGGAUCUCAGAACAGGAGGAGAAGCCCAUGAGGAACGCACAGGUCACACUAUCACACGACAGUCCGGCCAGCGGGAGUCACGAUUCGGAGUCAAAGUCCCUGAACGAACUGAACAACACAGACUCGACUCACUCUUCACAGGACUCUUUGGAUCAGAGCUCCCAGUCGCCUACGGAGGGACAGGGCGACGCCUCACCCGAUGACCACAGCUCAGAAACUUUACCCUGGAACGGUAAAACCGCCUGACGCCUUGGCGUCGGCGCAAAGCUGAAUGUUUUCGAUGCGGCUUUUGCCGUGUUUUGAAACAGAAGGAUGAUGUACAUAGCAUUGUCCUCUUUGUAUUGUUAAGCUGUUAUAAUCUUGGGCUCGGAGUUCUUAUCGGACGUCCACGGAGCCUUUCCAGGAGCAUCGUCAUGGAGAUGGCAAUGUGCAGUGUUGUCAUGGCGACUGUGUUAUUGCAGGAGACGACCCUCUUCCAGCCCAGGGGAGGAUUUAGCGAAUCCCUGAAUCGCAACACUACCCAUUUGCUUUCCAGGCUUUCUCUGUUUCAAUUAGUUUGUCAUUUGUUUUUUGUAGACUGUGCCCUUAUUUAUUAAAGUUUAGUUUCGGGUUUUCUCCUCGAUACCGCAACGCCGUUGGGUUCUUUCCGACACGUUAUGUCGGCGGAAGAUCAGGAAUGCUUUCUACAUUCUGGCACUUCUGUGGACAUAUGAAUGUUAUUCACUACAAUUUCCAGAACAAUCCAUAAAGAGCAUUUUUAUUGCAGCAUGACAUGUGUAGUUUGUGCAGAUGUAAAAUGUGAUUAUAACAUGCUACCAGUUAAACCAUCUACCUAGAGAUAAACACUGGCUUUUGUUGAGUUUUCAAGGGGCAAUGUUACAUUUUUACUAACAACCCUUUAAGGACCCGGUAUCUCCAGAUGCAGUGGAAGAACGAACUUCUCUUGUGGGCACAUAAAAGUUCAAAGGGCUGUGUGCCAGUCAACUCUUUUCGAAUAUCUCAACCCCGGUUUGUUUCUGGAGGCGGGGUUUAUAAGUAGUCACUGUGCAUGUGUAUCUGUAACACUAAAAUUUGAGAGUGCGUUUUGUUUAGCUCUUAACAUGAUGGAAAGUUCAACAAAGUCAGACGAUGGUGUAUGAAAGGUCUGAGUUAUCUUAAGAUGCAGAUACAGUUCAACACGGCACUCAAAAGUAUUGAUAGCUGUUGUAUAUUGUUGAUGUUGUUAAAAACGUAUUCUUGUUUGAUCUCCGUGAAAUGAAAUGAAUAAUACAAUAUUCCCACUUUAAACCAGGCGGACUUUAGCUGGAAGUAUAAAUAAUUUUAUGUGCAUGUCACCGCCAAACACACAAAGCAUACUUUGGGGUCCAUAAGUACCAGUUAAGUAGGUCUAAUGAGGGACGCCAUAAGUUAAAACUAAUGUAAACUUCAUUCAUGGUACAGUUGUAUAAAUUAACUCUUUGCAUAAUCUCUUGAUGGCCUUGUCCCAAAUGGCACACACUUUGAUGACAUCAUGUAGUGCAGACCUUAGGGACCCUUGACGUGAGGGCACACCGGAGUUGUAGAUCACGCCGGAAAUAGGAAGAGAAGUGGUGUGAACUCCUCCCAUCCGUCGACUUCUGGGUUGGGAAAGUGUUUUGAGCCUGCAGCAUUGCGGGCUUCGCCAAAGACCGUAUCAAGGGUACAAAGGGGGCGCUGAAGAGCACACUUUUUAAAAAUGACACUCUAUAGACUUGUGGACUAAGCGAGGACGUGCAAUUUAAGGCCACGAGGCCGUAAGUCCACAUGAAGUGCGCCGUUUGGGACAGGACCAUACUGGAUAUGGUCUUGAUUGUCAAGCGACAAUCACGUGUUCCCGUCCAUUUUGUUUAUGCCGUUUUUUAUUGUCUACCUUGUGAAUCGGUGCUUCCCAGGGCACGGUUGGCACCUAGUGUAUAAACUUAGUACUGCAAGAAAAUUAAAUGUGCGUCUGCAACACGUGCGCACAACGUACACAAAUCUGGCGGUGCGCAUAAUUCUGAUGACGAAAUUUCCGCGGACUGUACACAUAAAAGUCGAACUAUACUUGGGACUUUAGACAACACACAUGGGUGAUUCUCAGGAAAUCCAGAUUAAGGUGUCCAGCAUCAGAAUAUUUUAAAAGCACUUGAAGCCAAUUUUUUUUGCGCAUAUAAGAUUAAGGUCUGAACUUACUAUAACCAUUUUUCAGAGGAUUUAAAAUAUAUUUCCUCUAUAAUUAUUUACAUUUUUUAGAUGAACAUUAUCAAAAAUUAUCAUUACCGCAACAUGAUAUUACAUUAAAUAUAUGCAUUUACAAACUCAUGUUUCGGUAAUGAGAACUAAAAAGUUGUCUAGGUACUUUUACAAACAAAAUUUCAACUUUUAUCUGGAGAGAAAUAAUAAGAACUGCUUACCUGGUAGCCAUCUUGAGACUCACAGUCAAUUAUGUCAAACAUGUUAGUUUCUUGAGGGCUUAAACAAUGAUGGAAAAUUGUUGCGGAGGAUGAGAAAAAUGGUUUGGACACAUUUAUAUUCCUUAUUAUUGUCUCUACAUUUACCAAUGAUCAUCAAAUGCCACAUGUUUCUUUACUGUAAAUGUUUAUAGUAUAACAUGCACUGAAGCUUUUAAUUUUUUUGAUUUUUGAAUUAUAAAUAUUUUCAUGUCAAAGAACCCAAAUCUAGUCAUGGACACAUUACGGUAAUGAAAAUGUUCCCCUUAAAUGUGAAAAAAAACUACAAAAUUUGUUUGUAUGAUGUCAUUUGAAAUCAUGUGCAAAAUAGUACCUGAAGAGGUGUUUGUAACUGUAUGUUUCUUAUUUUGAUAGCAUUUACUUUGCAUUUACUUUUUUAUCAAAAUGUUUUAUGACAUCAUAAGUUUAAUUUCGCAAGAAUCACCCACAUGUUACGCACCCAUUACACAAUGACCAUGCACUAAUGGUAGAUCAAAGGUUAAAUUAUGUCACAUCAGUUCGUUCUUCUACUUCAUCUGAAGUAUAUCAGGGCCUUUAGUCACCAAUAAGCAGAACUCUUUCCCUUUAAAUCCAUACAGUAUUAUAGUUCAUGGCAGUGUCUAAAAUGUUAAAUGCACUACCGGUCAUAAGUUAAGGGUCACUCAUUCUUUAUUAAUAUUUUUUCCAUAUUUUAGAAAAAUACAAAACUCAUCCAGAAUAUGGAAUAACACAAAAGUAACUUUGGAAUGGUGACUAGACAAUUCAAAAAAAUUAAAUACUGUAGUCUCAACCCAAGAUCCUUCUUAAACAGGAUGGCUAUGCUGGCUGGUUUCUAUAUAUUAUCAUGUAGUCCUUUUUUCAGCCAUAUUAAGUGAUUUUUAAGAUGAUGAGAAAUAUUGCAGUCAGUGAUCCUUAACUUUUGACCGGUAGUGUAAAUUGUCUAUGUUCAGAAUGAAAACUAGCUAGCUUCUUACAGAAUAAUGUGCAUUAUAUGCUGUUUAAUGCCUACUAUUUUUAUUUCAUUUUUUGAAAAUAGUAGGUGAAACAGAAAGCAUUAUGCAACCUUUUCAAACAAUAGUUGUAGACCUCACUGCUGUUAACUGAGUGGUUGCCAUUCUGUUAUCAUCUUGGAAAUAAAAACGGUUUAGAAUUUGUAAUACGUGUAAAAAUGUCUUGUUAGUCAAGAAAAAGAUGUAAAAAAUCACAGCGGAUGGAAUGUCUGUUGUGCUGGAAAUGGAAGGUCAUGUUAGGCUCUGAGAUCAUCGGAGUUUUCCAUGCAUAAUUUGUGUAGUAUACUUACAAUAUACUGCAGAAAUAGUAAGCUUUUCUGAACAUAGCUAUUGUCACACUGUUUUCAGAACACCUUUAUGAGGUAUUAAUAUGCUACCAAAUCACUGUAUCAUGUUUUAUAAAGUUUAUGUGAAAUA